AUGGCACCGCAGCUGAGCGAACUGCCAGACUCCGUGGUGCACUUGCUGGUGAUCUGUUUGGUGGAUGCUGCGUACGACUGCGAGGCGGCGUCCAAGCACUUCCGUGCACAUUUUCAUGGACAUGCCGCAGCCGAAGAGUUUACAGCAAGCGCGAUUCGGAGCAUUGCUCGAGAGAUGGCACACGAUGGAAGCUUGCAAUUCCUUCACGCCGCUUUUACUUCUGAGAACGGUGCGCUGAAAACGGGCUUCCCGAUUCGUCCGCUUGGUCCGAAGCAUUGCACUCCGCACUUCGCACCGGCUCCACGUGCCAAGAGAUGCUCAGGUGAGAGCGAUCCAUGUACAGAGACAGUGCAGUGGAUGACGAUGCUGACCGAAAGCGUUUUGGUCAGGGUUAUGGAACAUCUCGGUCGCUCCGGCAGCAUCCGCGCCAUGUACGCCAACCAUAGCCUCUAUGCUGCUGGCAGGGCGGUCAAGAGCUUUUGGCUUCAAGUCGUUCUCGUGGAGGAGGGUGUGGCUGGUGAGCCUCGUUCAUCCUUGACGGCACGAUUUGCAGCACGACUCGCGGACUUCACAGCGACGCAAGCUGAUCGGGUGACUGGCCUGGCCUUGCGCAACACUGCUGUCGCUGCAUGCUUAAAGCAAGCCGGUGACAUCCUUCUACGCUCUGCUGACUUGCAGAGGUGCCUACUGCAGAGAUCCUUUGGCGUUCUCCAGCGAUUGAUCCUGCACUCCUUUGCUUUGCAGGAGGUCUGCGCCAUCGCCAGUCACGGCAGGCUCUUUUCCACCCUGCAUCGAUUGGACUUGAUCCAGUGCACCUUAUCCAGCGACAUCUUCCACGAACUCGAGGCUUUCCCAGCAUUGAAUGGUCUGGGCAUUUGGGGGCUGAAGAACACGCAAAUGGUGCUGCCUGCUUCCUGGCCAUCUGGAUUGCACAAGAUCGAGGAGCUCUGCCUGGAUCCGGUCGAGGCGGCUGGGCCUUGGCCUUCCUUACAAGGCGAGGGGAGCCAGCCUUUGCGCAUGCUGCGCAUGCACUUGCGGACAACGAGGCCGCGGUUGGCAAUUGAGGCUCUCCCAGCAAGUCUCCAAGUACUGUCAUUGACAACUUCGGCCAAGGACAUCAGCAACCCGUUCGUCGAGGCUUUCAUCCUGUUGGAUGCGCACGUGGAUUUGAUUCUUACAACCCUGCGCUUUCUGCAUGAUUUGGUCCUCAGCGGUCACGUCAAACUCGGAUCUGCCAGUAUGGCAGGAUUUGCCAAAUACCAGGGACUGCUGCGACUCAGCUUGGCCGGUUCUGAUGGCCUGGAUUCACCAGAAAGCUUCCACAUUUUCUCAUCCCAUGCUUGGGAUGGUCUCGAGUGCUUUGAAGCUCCAGGCAGCCAGCAUUUCAAGGCCGAAACUGUGAAAUCCAUUCUUCCUAGCGGCUGCAGCUGCAUAAUACCUGCACCAUUCAACACAGACCCAUUGGAGACGUCGGCGUUACAGUCUUUAGUACCUCGGCCUGGACAUUUUCUGACAACACGGAGCCCCAACGAGUCCAUGGAGAGUGCUGUCAAGGCAAGUGAGGACAGCCGAGCAUGGUGGGCAGAGAUUGUCGAGAAUGUCAAGCGGCCAACAAAUUCUUCGACAGAGUUCCACGGUCUUGUUCGCCGUCAAAAGCCCAAUUCUCCGCUGGGACAGCUGGCCCAUGUCAGCAACUUCCUGCACAACCACGGAGACUUUGGUGAAGUUUGCCGCGGCCCGCAGAUGUGA